UAGGUCCAGCGAGAGCAUAGCCGAGCCUCCCUCCCAGAGGGUCUGGCCUGGGGAGAGGCUAGCCGUCCGCGGAGAGCCGCAUAUUUUACUCCCCAGUGCCACUGGGUAUCCAUAUUCCGCACGGGGCUUAUUUUGCUCUCCGAGCUGGCUGCUUGGAGGGACACGCCGCGCCGCACGAGCCAUGGAACUCCACUUGCUCCUCUCCAGCUGUGGCUCGCCCAGCCGCGCACGGAUCGCCCUUUCCUGUUAGUAUCCUACUGACAAUGCAACAGCCUUGAAUUCUUACAUCUUCCUCUGAAGCGUCUGGUGCUGGUCACUAUUGGAGACAAAAUACUGAGCUAGAUGGACCUUUGGUUUGAUCCAGGAUGGCAACUCCUAGGUUCCUAAAUCUGAAUUUGGUCCAUAAUACUAUGUACCUGGAUUUUUAAAAGAUAGUUUAUAUGAAAGUUUCCUAGAUUCAACUCUGUAUUAUGACAGAGAACAGCAAUAAGAGUAUGCAAUUUUCUACUGAAGUGAAAAAUUCCUUCAAGAGCCCAUGAUUUUUUCCACUACUCCUUUUACAUAUCAACUACUUGAUAGACAUGGCUCACCACGCCAGACCUUCCAGAUUAGUCAAAAAGGAAGCGUUAGGCAAAAGGAAAACUAGUGAAGGCAAAAAGAAAUCCAGCCAAGUGAAAAAGAAAGCCAAGAAGAAUUCCAAAAAGUCUGUGAGUUCUGGAAAAUGCAAAAAGUCAAUCCAAGAAAAAAAUGAUGUAAAGAAAAAGCAACAAGAAAAGAAACCACCUUUGAGCUCAUCAGUUAGAUUUCUCAGGAGUAGUGUAACUAGAGCUUUAUCUGGAACAUCUUGGGUAAAUAUGGAGAAAACAGAUAAUAUUCUCCUUCAUAACCAGGAUUCUUUAAACGUCAAUGGCUUUACAAUGUCUCUUCGUAGCAGAUCAUUCUCCCAUAGACUGUCCCAAACUGCAGUAAUUACAAAACCCAAGAAAGUUACAGCACAGAAAAGAUUAGAAAAAACCCUUACUAUAUUGGACGAAAAAAAAGUUGAAGCUGAUGAAAGGGUUUUGAAACAAGAUUCAGCACAAAAUGAAUUAACUCCUCUCAACAUUCUGUGUGAUACAGACAUUGAGCCCUCCUCCAUUAAAUGUGAUAGUCAAGACAAAAAGAUAGGGAGACCUGAAUCAAGUGUCUCCACUUCAAAGAGUCUACCAAGCAUUUACAAUCCAGAAGUAUUAGAGGAGGAGUAUGAGUGUGAAGAGCCGCCCUGUGGGUGGACAUCAAGUAAGAUCAAUACAGGUAGCUCAGAUGAAAGUUUUGCUCAGAAUUCUGAGCUUGUUCCCACACCUUUUCAUUCUGACUCUAUAAUCACCUCUGAAUUAAAUACAAAAGACCAUUUAGAAGAUUCAGGCUCAUUUGCAGAAUCCCAUGUAAAGAUGAACUUAGAUUUGAAGCCUGUUAAUAAAGAACCCACUUCAAAUUCUGCUUCUUUAGUUACCACUGAAUCAAAUUCUAUCAUAUAUUUAGAAGAUUUGGGCUCGUUUGUUGGAUCCCAUAUAAAAACCAACUUGGAUUUGGUGCCUGUUAAUAAAGAACCUGACUCAAAUUCUGACUUGUGCUGUAAAAGAGAUGAUUCAGAAUCUGACACAAAAAAUCUGGUCACAGUUUGUGAACCAGUUAAUCUUGCAGUGCAGCAGCCUGUUAAUUACAUUGGUAAAGAAACUUUAGUUCUGGACUCAGGUUAUGUCCCUAUUUCAUCAUCAAACACAGAAAAAAGCACAGAAGCCUUAAUCUCUACAACAACUGCGGUCUUCAAAGAAAAUACUGGACAUUCCUCUGAAGGCUCUAUUUCAGGGUUGUCCUCAAACACAGGAAGUUCCACUCUUACCUCUGACAGAGAGAUAAAUGUGCAUUCACCAACUGAUUCAAAACUGCGGUAUAAGGAUUCUUCAUCACAAUCAGGAAGUGUUGGAAUAAACUUGAACUCAGUUCAGGACAACAGGAGCAAUAGCAUUGGUUCUGCUGAGGCUUCGGAACCAUCCACCUUUACAAACCCAGUUUACAGUUACCCUCUCUCAUAUUCAUCUUUGCUCCCUAUGUUAGAAAAAAAGAAACGAAGACGGUGUGGGGUAUGUGAACCUUGUCUGCGGAAAACUAAUUGUGAGGAAUGCAGCUGUUGCAGGAAACGCAAAACUAGUCACCGGAUAUGUAAAAAGAGAAAAUGUGAAGAACUGAAAAAGCCGCCACCGCCAAUAAUGCUACCUUUUGAGGUGCUAACUGAAAACAAAAGGCCUCAGAGGAGAAAGCAAAGAGUUUUAAAGGCAGAUUUAGAAAACAAACCAGUAAAUGGCCUCAGACCAGAACUCAUGGAAUGCAGUAUAUGCGGUCAUGGUGAAAAAUACAGGGUGAAAACAAAUCAAACAGUACCCUUUGAAAAUGUACAAUCUAAUGAAAAAGAAAGUAUGACAGGCUUAGAAGCAGAGAAGUGGACAGAUAAUGAAAAACCAUCAUUUAGCGUCUGUGUCAAUGGAGAUAUCCAUGGAACUGUGACAGAUAAUGAACACCUGAAAAAUUCUGAAGAAGAAAGAGCAGUCUCUCCCAGUGAGUUAGUUGAGCCAAAAAAGUUGUUUGCACAAACCAUUAGAAAUGGCAUUAAAAACAUACAUUAUCCACCAUCAGAAUCAGAUGUGUCACAGACAAAAGUAAUUGUAGAAGAAAGGGCAGAUUUGACAAACAACUGCAGAGAAAACAACUCCCCUUCACAUCAAACAAAUACUGCUAAUCUGAAUAAUGUUGUAAGCGCUUUGACAACUGGUGUUUGCUGUGCUCAUCCAGAAAAACAAGGAAAUGUUUUCCUGAGGCAGAAGUCAAACUGUACCUGCAAGACCUUUCAAAGAUCUGACAAUUCAGUUCUGCAAACUGAUUCUAUUGUGAAUACACAGGAAAGAUCAUGUUAUACACCUGUGCCUGAAAAGGAAGUCCAUGUUGAAAAAGAUGUUGUUAAAAUACCAAACAAAGAGACACAACUUGAAAACUCCUCACUUCAGCCAACCUUUUUGUCCCUGAUUAAAAACAGAAAUUUAACCGUAGAGCAGGUUGUAGCUAUUGAAGCAUUAACAAAAUUAUCAGAAGCCCCAUUAGAAGCAUCUGCACCAGAUAAAACAAAAAAUAUUGAACAUGCAGAACAAACAACUUCCCAUUUACUCCAUAAUUACAAAAGGGACAUUUCCUGCUCUUUGACUUCUUCUACAUUAAAAGAAAUCAAAGAGACUUACUUACAGAAUGAACAACAUCUCUUGAGUCGCUAUGCUCGUUCACAGAAGCAGCUCCUUAAUAAGGCAGUGUUGUACAAUGGCCAAAGUACUGUUUCUGAACCACAUGAUAAAUCUGUUAAUACUACCGGUGGAUCAUAUAGAUCACAUGUAUCCCCAAGAGAUACCAAAUCUUUGUCUGUUUCAGUACCUAAUGCAAAGUCAUGUUCAGGUCAUACUACCAAGAAAAACUCUCUGUAUGAUAAAGUUACCAUUGCUACAUGUUUCAACAAUUCAUGUAAUGUCCAUCAAACAAGUAGCAAAUUGGAGAUUCUGAGCCAGUUUGAGAAAAACAAAGCUUAUAAUGAUCUGAACUUGAAAAGUAAUUUUGCAGUGAAGGAAGGAGGAAUUCACAGCCAGGAUGAAGAAGAUGUAGCUACACAGUUAACUCAACUUGCAGCAAUAAUUGAAUCAAAUCAGACAAGUCCAGAGCAGAAGAAUGAUGUAAAGACAUCACUUCUCAGUCUAAUAUCACAUGAGAUUCAGCCAAAACAUAACCAGGACCAGUGCCUACUGAAGAAAAAACAAUCUGUGUUUAUAAGGCACAAUUAUAGCUCAUUGUUAGUAAAGCAAAAACAGCCAACACAUAAAAAAGGAAAAACUGUACCAUGGAAACAAAGACACAAAAAGAAGCCUCAAGUACCGGACUAUCAAGAAAAUAAUCAAAAACAGCAAGAGCAUUUGGCUUACGAGCAUAAUGAAUUGCAGGACAUUUGGAUAUCAUCAAAACCACUUAGUCGUACCAUGCCACGGGAUUUGAAAAUAGCUGCAUCAAAAAAAAAACCUCCCAGAACCAAAGUACAGAAGGAACUGAAUCAAAGUACUUUAUCAUCACAACAAAAAACUAGAUUAUUUCUUCCACAGACUCAGAUAAAAAUCCAUAGACAUCUACCUGAGGUACCAUGGGAGAAAACAAAAGACAGGCUGUUUGGCUGUGAAGUAGUAACUGAGCACAUCAAAACUGUAGGCGCCAGUGACACACUAGGUAUUGAUCCACUGAAAAGUGACAUUGUUGUUACUUCUUCACAAUACAAUGGCCUGCUCUCCAGUAAUCCUAUGGUUGCGUCACAACUUAAAACAGAAUCGUGUUCAAACAGACCAAGUGAAAAUGUACAGAUGUUUACAGAAAAAUAUAAUAAUUCUCAGGUACAGCAAACAAUGAAUGUCAUUCAGACAUAUCCCUUGCCUCAAACACUUAAUCAGUCUAACCAGAGAGCUCAUGAGAUAUCUGAUGAAGACCAAGCAAAUUUUCAGCAGAAUGCUGCAGAGCAACAAUUGGAUCAGAAGUUGCAAACACUCCCAGUUACCUGUUGUGAGACCCAUUUACCACACACAAUAGAAACUCUCAGGAAUAUAGAUUGUGCAGGUGAAAUUACAGUUCUGACAUCAACAAGCUUGGGUAUUGAAAACCCCCAGAGUAUAGGUGACUUGGGAUGUUCUCCGGCAAAGAAUACACUCAGCAGUUUUCUUGAAUCUCCUAUGAAGUUCCUAGACACUCCUACAAAAAAUCUGAUUGAUACACCUACCAAAAAAGGACAGUCUGAAUUUCCAAUCUGUGACUGUGUUGAGCAAAUUAUAGAAAAAGAUGAAGGUCCAUAUUAUACACACCUUGGGACAGGACCAAGUGUUGCUGCUGUCAGGGAAAUAAUGGAAAACAGGUAUGGAGCAAAAGGAAGUGCUGUAAGAAUAGAGGUAGUGGUUUAUACUGGCAAGGAAGGAAAAAGCUCUCAGGGGUGUCCGAUUGCCAAAUGGGUGAUACGAAGAAGUAGUGAUGAGGAAAAGUUGCUGUGUUUGGUACGUCAGCGUGCAGGACAUCACUGCCAAACUGCCGUCAUAGUGAUUCUGAUUUUGGCCUGGGAAGGGAUUCCUCAUCUUCUGGCUGAUACAUUAUAUAAAGAACUGACACAGAGUCUCAGAAAAUAUGGUUGUCCCACAAGCCGUAGAUGUGCGUUAAACGAAGACCGCACUUGUGCAUGUCAAGGACUUGAUCCUGAAACUUGUGGAGCCUCAUUCUCAUUUGGCUGUUCAUGGAGUAUGUAUUUCAAUGGCUGUAAAUUUGCCAGAAGCAAAAACCCCAGGAAAUUUAGACUUCUCACAGAUGACCCUAAACAAGAAGAACAUCUUGAAAAUAAUUUGCAAACUUUAGCUACUGAUGUGGCUCCACUUUAUAAGAAACUUGCUCCUGAUGCUUUUCAGAAUCAGGUGGAAAAUGAACACAUGGGCCCAGACUGUCGGCUUGGAUCCAAGGAUGGUAGGCCUUUCUCUGGUGUUACAGCUUGUAUAGAUUUCUGUGCCCACGCCCAUAAGGACACACACAAUAUGCACAAUGGAAGCACUGUGGUCUGCACAUUAACAAAAGAAGAUAACCGUUCAGUGGGGGUGAUACCGAAUGAUGAACAGCUACAUGUGUUGCCUCUUUACAAAAUUUCACAGACAGAUGAAUUUGGAACCGAGGAAGGACUGGAAGCUAAGAUAAAAGCAGGAGCAAUACAGGUGCUUACUGCUUUUCCCAGAGAAGUACGGAUGUUAGCUGAGCCACUUAGAGCUACAAAGAAAAAGAAGCCAGAUACAAAGAAGACACAAGUUGAAAAGCAGACAUUAGCGGAUAAGAAAUAUUCAACACCAGCAAAGCUGAAAAAUGGAGCUCCUGAAAAUCUUGGUAAAACUUCACAGUAUUUAGGGAACAAAACAGAUGCUUUUCAACCUGGAAUAAAAAUGGAGCCUUCAGAUCAUCUUUAUGCCCUGAAACAUACUUCAAAUGCUACUAAAAGUUGCUCUGUAUUAAAACAAUAUACUGCUUCCUCCCCUUUUAAGGUGGAUAGUUUACAUCCUUAUUCAUCAUUAACACAUAAGCCUAGCAUAACAGCAAUGACUGAUAUUCAACAAGAUUUUUCAGUUCCCUACGGGUAUUUUGAAUGCAGUAGUAAGCAACCUCAUGUCACACCUUAUAUUAAAUGUAAGAAUUUUGAUGUGUCAGUUAAAGAUUAUACUGGAAUUUUGCUGAACGAAAAGAGGAAUGGUGUGCCACCAAUUCUUCCAGAUAUUACUGUUUCAGACCACCCAACCCUUAAAGACCCCCUGCACAGUAUACUUGAACACCAACCAGACAACAAGCAAAAUUGUCAACUUCAAUUAGAAAAUGCUCCUUCGCAGUCGAUCAACCCUUGUGAUAUGUCAGUACCAUUAAACUCUCCAGCAAAGAAUGUAACCAGAAAUGAAGCUAACACAUCUCAUAACUGUCCAGUGGAAAAAGGUGGCUCCCAUCAAGAACAGAUUUGUGAUUCCAAAGCUAGUGAUGAAAAGCAAAAAAAUGUGCUGGCAGAACCAAUGGAUUCUGAAGAAAAAGCUGAGGAAAUGUGGUCAGACAGUGAGCACAAUUUUUUGGACAAUGAUAUUGGUGGUGUUGCUGUGGCACCUUCUCAUGGUUCUAUCUUAAUUGAAUGUGCAAGACGUGAACUCCAUGCCACAACACCCAUUAAGAAACCAAACCGCAGUCAUCCCACACGAAUCUCUUUAGUCUUCUACCAACACAAAAAUUUAAAUGAGCCAAAACAUGGAUUAGCAAUGUGGGAAGCAAAGAUGGCUGAGAGAGCAAAAGAGAAGGAAAAAGAAGCAGAAAGAUUAGGGACUGAAAACACUGAACUAAAAUCUAGCAGCAGGAAAACCAAGCAGAGCAGUGAAACCAGAGAGAUUUUCUAUGAAGAAAAUGAGUUCAACCAAAUUCCAUCACGCAGAGCAUUAACAGUAACUCAAGAUAAUGUAAUAACAGUGUCUUCUUAUGCCCUCACUCGAGUUGCAGGGCCCUAUAACCAUUGGGCAUAGGUUUUAGUAGCUGAUGCCUUGCCUUGGUGCAGUGUUAUACAGUAUUUCUUUAAGGUGCUGUUAAAGAACAGAGUCAUGUGUAGUUUACUAUUUGUUCAUCUCAACCAUUUUAAGGCUGAGGUAAAAAUGGGGAUUUAUCUUAAACUGUGACUUUAUAUUUUAACAUUUGGUGGUGCUUGAGCACAUUUUAAGCAAAAAAAAAUUGUAUAGUUUUAAUAUGUUAUAAAAGAAGAUUUUGGUUAGGUUAUUAACCUUGAUUGAAUCAUUCAGUUUAUUACCUUUAGGAAAUUAUAUUUUGGUGCUUUAAAUCAAAUCUGUUUACUACAGAACAAGUCAUUUAUAGGGAUUUUAACAGAUUCACAUUUUAUGAUGUAAAAUCAAGUUAUACAGUGAUUGCUCUACACAGCUCUUGGUGCUUAACCACAUCAAACAGUAAAAAUAAGCUGAAUUAUUACUUCAUGGUGCCAUUGUUCCAACAACUUCCAAUCAUUGCUAAAAAGUCCAAAUUACAGAUAAACCUUUUAAGAGAACCAAUGAAAUUUUCUCUCUCUAGAGUUUUCAGAGUGUAAAAAAUGAAGUUAUCACUAGUGAUGGCUGGAAGUUGUUUGUAAGCUGUAAAUAUAUAUUUUAAAAGCACUUUCUAUUUUUAAAAUUAACUUGAACUAGUAUAGUAUAAGGAUCAUAUUGUCUAAGGUUUGUGCAUACUCUACAGAAGAAAUCAUUUUGUUCUUGCUGUGUAGAUUUCCAUACUGUUACAAUUUCAAUAUGUAUGCUAAUAACAUAUGUGAUUGUUUUUAGACUUUCCCUUUUUCCAUUGAAGAUUUUUAUGUUACAUAUAAACAGAAGAGUAAUAAAAUGCAGAAACUUUUAAUUAUUUACAAAUAUGGAAUGAAGAAACAUCUUGUCAAUGUGUGUUGCUAUUGGGAAUUAAAUAAUUAAUUUUUAAGACAGAAAUUAUUAUGAUUUAUUUGAGCAAUAAGCACAUUAGUCUCACUCAUCUAAACCAUUGCAAGUUAUGUGACACAACCAAAUGUUCCUAAUGCCUCAGGGGUAGGAUCGUUUUGGGAUUUAAAAAAAAAAAAAUACCCCCUAGAGUUGCCUUACUCUGUUCAGAAAAAAAGUUAUAAAAAUGACAAAUUAAUUUUUAAAAAAGUAAGAAAUUUUCAAUAUCUAAUGAUUAACAGCAAUUUUUAGUUGAUAAUUCCCUUCCAGAAUGUUCACUAGCUAAUAAGAAUGCUUUUUCAGUUCAGUUUUUUUAGAAGCAUGCUUUGUAUCAUUUUUAACAAUGAUUUAUACAUUUCAUAUGGAAACAGUUGUUAGUUCCAAACAUUUGAAUUUAUGUUCUGCAUUUCAGUUGGAAAAUUGACACAUCACCAAAUGAUUAUGGUUACAUUUUGCUAAAUGAGGAAAAGUAGACACUCCAUUCAUAAAUAAUGUAGCAUCCAUCCCACUCUUCUUUCUCUGAUUCUCCUCUCCUCCUCAUUUCUGUUUUAUUAUUUAUUUAUUGAAUCAUCUAAUCACCAAACAAAAAAGUUGUUUAAGUAAGGACCUUGUCCUGCAAGCCUUACUCACCUUCUCAAUCCAAUUAAAAUUAGUGGGACUACCCAAGUAAGGCCAACUCUUGUGUAUAAUGGUUGUGGGAUGAGAUCCUACGGGUCAAGCUCUACCUUAAUUUUACCUGUGAAUCCUCACAGUUUAUGUAACCCCAUAGAUGUAACUGAGGUUAGUAUUUUCUAUUGAGAACUUAUACCAAUAAUAUACUUGAUAAUACUAUAAUGCAGUGGUGCUGUAACAAAAGUAAUCUGAAAUGUCUAGAUCCACUUUAUCUAAUACCUAGACAAGGUGCUUUUUUCUUGAAACGUUCUAUAAUAAUUGUGAUAUUUACAGUUUUGGUACAAAGAAUAUGUGAAUUUUAUUUUGUACACACAGUGCUAACUAGAACCCUGAUCCUGAAAAUAUUUACACGUAGGAGCAGUUCCAAUGAUAUUGGGCUAAAUCUAAAAUUCUUAUGUAGACUGACUAUUGAAAUUAACAGGAAUUUUGUUGGCAUAAGGACAGGAGGAUUGGACCCAUUCUUUGUAUUUUAUCUAGCUCAAAGUAAAGUUUGUGAAAACCCCAUAUGCUGCAAAUUUUAGUUUAAAACCUGUUAGUUCAAGUACAGGAUAUGAAGGGAUUAUAAAUAAUAAAGUCAAUAUUAUGCCAUCAUUUUGUACCAUCAGUUUUCUGCUUCUUGAAUAUGUAAAGCACAGUAUACAUUAAAUCAUUAUGGUAUUUUGUGUGCCUUAGAUUUCCAUUUUAAAACUUGUCUAUUUUUUGUGAGGCUAAGAUAUAGUAAAAACUACAGCUGUAUAUACAGUAAGUAGUAUUCUAAGUUGCUCCAGCUGCUCCAACAACAUAUUUGCUAUCUGAGUACCCUUGUUUAGCAUCAUGGUCAGUUAUCUACCAGAAGGAUUACUUUGCUACUAGUAAGUGUCACUGAUAGAUUUAGACACAUGUUAGCUUCAAAUAAUUUCACUAUGCCAUACGCAUGUCUAGUGCAGAAUGAAGGAAUUAUUUAUUUCUCAGCAAUUCUACUAAAUACCAUUUUUAUUUCAAAUUUAGUAGGAAAAGUUUCAGGGCCGUUAUUCUGCUUACAAGAAAUUCAAGAAAUAUUAAAAUGGCUGGAAUUUCCAUUUGAAUCCUUUCAGACCUUUAGGCUUGUAUGUGAUUAGGCAGUUCAAAUGCUAAAAACAAUUAAUAGAGAAAACAGCAGCUUCCUCAAAUAGCUGGGAAGCAGAAUUGGUGCAUCUUAAAUGGCAUCUUUAAGUAUGGUUGUCUUCUCAGUUGACUAUCAGUAGGGACUCAGCAAGUCCAACAGGGAAAUCCAGCCCUAAUAGAUUCAUAAUGGCAAUGUUAAAAGAGAACUGUAUGUCUUAACAUAACAACAGAUAUUCAUGUUAUUAAUUGAUAGCUGAGAAAACCCUCAGGACUUCUUUAUUAAGGUUAUUGAUACAGCUAAAAUAUACUGUCCAAACAAAAUUAUAUUGUCUUUACAAUGUAUAAUAAAUUUCUAACAUGACAUUUUGGUAAAUCAUACCUAAUAAGAAAAUUAGCUGGCCAAGUUUUAUUUCCUGAUGUGGCGCUUAGCAGAUUGUGAUCUGAAAAGCAAAUAUUUUCUAGUAAAUAUACUGCAAUAUGAGAAAUACAUCUAUUUACUGUAUUUACAACUGUGUGCUAUUUAUUGUAACAUUUCAGAAUAUUUAUCAGUCUUGUGCACACAGAUCAAUGUUGUAUUGAGUAAGGUUGUACUUGCAACAAUAUUGUCCUCUUAAAAGUUACAAAUUUUAGAAAGUGACUCUUUCCCUUCCAUCCCACACAACUGCUCUAUGACUUCCUCUUACCCUCAUAGACUUUAAGGUCAGAAAGGACCAUCAUGAUCAUCUAGUCUGACCUCCUGCACAUUGCAGCAGCAGGAUCCUUCCAGAUUAGCCAGCUAGGUCAGGAACCACAUCUAAAGACAAGACAGCUAGGAAAAACUGUAUACUUCCCUUGAUCUGUAAAAAACUUAUAUUGAUUUCAAUAGGAGUUUAUGCUCAUAGACAGACAGCACUAUAGGGCUCCAAGUCUGUAACUCAGAGUUGACGACAGUUUGUUCUCUCUCCCCCCCACCACCUUUUAUAUCACCUCACAGUAUACCACCACCGACUGUUGCCACACAACAUAGCAACCUUUUAUUUUCUAGCAGGAAUGUCCCUAUACCCUCCCUCUAAUAGGCCCUGCCCCAUCACACCACCUCAUUUUGGAGGAAAGGAGUGAUGCUCUCUAGAGAAUAUCAUUCCUGUUGGACUCUCAGGGGGCCACUGUUGCAGUAGUACAAUAGCUCCCGUUGAAAUUGUGAGUGUCACCACUGCAAUUCUCCUGCACAUGCUGAUCCAAGGAAUGAGGUACCAAGCUGGGAUCUGACACUUAGAACCCACAGAUAGUAGCAGAGAGUAUGACUAUAAGGCCAUA